AUAGAUCGACUGGGCAGCCCUGACGCGUCCCGUCUUUUCUAGUCGUAUUAAAUCCAUAAUCCGCAUCUGCACAAUGUCUGCCUCUGAAGCAAAACCAAAGUCAAUGACUCGUGCAAAACAAUGGUCAGAUGAGAUAGAAAAUUUGUACAGGUUUCAGACUGCUGGAUACAGAGAUGAAGUGGAAUACAGGCAUGUAAAGCAAGUUGAAAUGGUGGAUCGAUGGCCUGAAACUGGAUUUGUGAAAAAACUUCAAAGAAAGGAUAAUACGUUUUACUAUUACAAUAAAAAGAGAGAAUGUGAAGAAAAAGAAGUCAAUAAAGUUAAAGUAUAUGCCUAUUAAAGUUCAUUUAUUUGCUGUAGUAUAUAUUUUCAUUUUCUUUGGCAAACGACAUUUUUACAGAAGUAGUGUUAUAUGGAAAAAAAUAUUCAUUAAGGUAAAGUAGAUGCUGUAUAUGCUCUAGCACAUUAUUUUUUUUCCUGAAUGGCUUUGUUGUCCAGUUGGCGUAUAUUAUGAAAUGUUUUGUAUAUUGUAUUUUUACCAUUGGAGAUUCAUUAUUCCAUACAGAGAGGAAUUCAUGGACAGGACCAUUUUAUCUUUUCUAACUCCUUGUUAUAUUUUAAAUCCGAUGUUGUGUGCACAGUUGUGCAAAAUAAUGUCAAACAUGGAAUGUUUAUCGUGAUUACAUCUAGACAUUGCAAAAUUGACCACCAAUUUUUCAGUGAGUUUAAGUGCAAUGAGAUGUAGAACUCAUAAAGAUGUAUGAUGGUUCCUAGCUCCAUGCAUUAAAACAAAGAUUUAUAUAUGUUUAAUGUUUGUUAAUAUUGCUUCCUGUGUUGCAAGGACAUUUAUAGAAAAGUAGAAUUAUACAGUUAUUUAAAUAAAUAGAAUUUGCAAUUUAAA